GUAAAAGGGUCAGAGGUAGCAGGAAGGAGGCGCUUCGCUCAGUCAUGGCGUCUCUGAGCUGGUGGUCGGUGCGGAUGUACCGGAGAGUGUCUCCGCUGUGUAGCGCCGUGAUGAGGCUCACGGUGCCGCGUUGCGCCCUGCUGAGUCCCGGGCGGCGGAUCCAUAGAGCGCCGAGCCGCUGGCAGACGGAGAAAGGAGUGUGGGGGAAAACACGGGCUGUGGAGCAACAACACCUGACCGAGCUGGACAAGGCGGAUGCGCUGAUGCUGAGAAAGUCACAUGAAACAGGAUUCCUCUCAUGGUUCAGAAAUGGCUUGCUUGCUACUGGGAUUGGAGUUAUUGCUUUUGUACAGAGUGAUGUAGGAAGAGAAGCAGGAUAUGCUUUUUUCAUCCUGGGUGGAGUGUGCGUGUCAUUUGGCGGAGCGUCCUACAUAGCAAGUUUGCUGUCUCUGAGGAGACUCAUGCUGCUCUCUCUGCCUUCUGUGCUGCUGCACACAGCCGUGGUGUCCAGCGCUGCCCUCUUCUGGCUGUGUGCCGUCUCUCUCUACAUUGGCCGCCUUGAAGUAGAAAUUAUCCAUGAGGAGGACGAGGAGGAUGAAGGAGGUGACGAUGGAGGAGAGUGUACAGAGUGUAAAGCUCGGCGAGACCAACGCCACGCGAGUGAUAGAGGCCAGGAGAAGUAAAGAAGAGACUCAUCUCGUAUAUACUAGCGCUAUACACUAGGACCAGGAGUUUUGAUCCUCAGUAAAUAUUGAAAGACAAAACAAAACUUUAAAAAGUGUCAACAGAGCCUAUUUUCAGGUUGGAGAGAAUGAGGAUGUUUAGUGAUUUUUAUAUAAAUAUAUAUAUACAUACACACUAUAAACUGGUCUUUGUCCUGGUCUCAGUGUACAAGGAUCAUAGUCACGAGUGCUGUUUUAUUUGCAAUAUAGAUACAUUAGUGUGUAUGUGUGGAUAUACAUGUGUGUAAGGCACUUAAAACGUAUAAAGAAAUAUUCUCAGUUUGUUCAAACAGAUUAUAAACUGUGAGUUGCGUUUUAUGGGAAAGGUGCAGAGCUGAAUGUGCUUCUAAUUGCAUGCUAAUGUGUAUAGAAACCCUUAAAAACAUCUUUAAAACAGCUUGCAAUUUAAGACAUUAGCAUGUCUUCCAUUAGUGUUGUUUCUAGGGGGUUUUAAAAGCUGUGUCUUUGUUUCAACAUUCUGUAUUUAUUUUUCUGCAUUUGUUCAUAUUUGUUGCAAUGCAAGAAUUAAUGCUGGAAGCAAACAAAAAUAUUUCUUUAAAUCAGUAAAAAAAAAACGUGUAUUACAAUGACAAUGGAUUUACUUACAGGAAGUAAGACCUGGUGAUUAUUUGCUUUUAUUGCUAAUUCUAGUCUCCUGAAGGUUCAUUCAGUUCGUCCCUUUGCGGAAAAUCUUUGACAUUUUACAGACUAGAGUGUUUCCCUGUCAGAGAGUUCUCUGUUGAAUGUGUAACUAUCUAAAAUCCUUGAAGGGACACACAGUUGUACACUGUAGUUGCAGACUGGUUCUUACGUUUGCCCGAUUUAGUCUGCAAAAUUUCUGUUGUUGCUCUAGGCCCUUGACUUAGAGCUACAAAAUAAAACAAUAUACCUUUCUGAGUCAACCUGUGGUGGUGGUGUGAGGAGGGGGGUGGGGGGAGGCUG